CAUUUUCUUUCAACUCAGCAGUGUUUCUACAAAAAGUUUGACUAAAUUGAAAUCUUUCAUUGUGAUUGUGAUAAGUGACUAAGCGGUUGAAAACAGAGUACGUUGCAUAAACUUUUCUUGUUCCUCGAUUGCCCAAUUUGGUAUUUUGCCCUGUGUUGUUAUCCAGGUGUCCCACACGUGGUUACAAAGCAGUCAAGUAAAGUCCCGAAGACAUCGAUUCAAGUAUUAGGUAUUCGUGUUAUGGGAUCGAUUGUCGAAAGUCUUCCUGGCGAUUAGCUACGCUUGGUUGACAACUUGACAUUUUGGUCGUGAAAAUGCGUGCAAAUGCAUCUUCGUCGAAUUCUUUCGAUGGAAGCCUCCAUUAACAAACAAUCUUUAAUUGGUUUUUAAUAGCCAUUGGAACACCUUCAGUUGAUGAGUGACAUCCAACCGUGGAAUUAUGGCAAUUGAAUGUUCUGGCUAAAAUACCUGAUCCACAGCUGAUUCUCAGUUCCUUGAUGAUUCCGUGACUUGAUUGGCGAUUUCUGCCGGGCAUUGGCACUCGCAGAUAGGAAAUAUCUUUCACAACUGCCUUGGCGGUUUCCUUGACAACUACUGAGGAAGAGCACGUGCCAUCAAAAAGAAGUUCCUGACCAUUGAAAGGCAGUCCAGACUAUUCAAGUGAAAGACUAUCCCUGGCAGCAUAUUGCGCGGCUAAAUUUCCUAUUAUCCAAAAUGAGAAAACCAUUGUCGUGGCUUUUGUUUUUAACAUGCGUGACCUCAGCUUUUUCGACCGAAUUGUCCUCUCUUAAAGGAAAACACCAAGUAAUAGGCUUGCAAUUAUUAGUUCACGAAUUUAAUCUUCAUUUGACGAGAAACGCUUCCGGUCACAUCGUCGAGAUCGGAAGUGUAGCAGCUGAUGCACUUGAUGCGCUAUCGAAACACUUAAAUUUCACGUACUCGAUUUUGCAGGUUUACGACACUCGAUUGGACAAACAAAGUGAUGCUCAACCAGGACUGGCUUAUUACAUGGACAAGGGAAAAUGCGACUUGGUUAUUGGAUUGGUGGUGAUGACGCCUCGUCGAUUAGCCGUGAUGGAUUUUGCUGAAGGAUUCGCUUAUACACCUGUCGUUCUUCUUAUUCCAAUGCCGGAGUCACCAAACCAGGGGAUUGCUGUAGUAUCCAAACCAUUUCAGGCAACGGUUUGGCUCGGAUUGUUGAUAUCAAUGCCUAUUUUGGCCUUAACUAUCUAUUUCUUCAUUCGACCUGUGUCUUCGUUAACAUUUUCUAAACUGCCGAUGGAUCGACCACGUAACGGAACGGCAAUUAAAAAAACUGGUCAUUUUCUUUUCCAGAUUUCCCAAAUCCUCUUAAACCAAGGAGGACACUUUCCACGGAUGCAGAAUGCAGUUUAUUUUGUUUUGGGUUCCUGGUGUCUGUGUGCCUCGGUACUUGUUUGUGCCUACAACAGCCUUUUAGUUUCUUACGUCUUGGGAUCUAAUACCGCUGAACCACUUGUUGAUUCCGUCAGAGAUCUUGCCCAGAAUUCGAACAUUAAUCUUGCCGUUGACAAGGGAUAUAGUGCGGAUGUUUAUGUUUCGGAAGCAACACGUGGAGUGAACAAACUUCUGGGCGAUAAACUGCGUUCUGAUCCAAAGUCCCGUUGUGUCAAACGCCAAGAAUGCGUCGACCUUGUGAAAUCAGGAACUUACGUCUACCUAAAUGGUCUUUAUGUCACACUGAGUGCUAUCGAUGAAGAUUAUAAGGCCACAGGGAAAUGUUCUCUUGCCCUUGCCAGAAAGACCGAUCCUGUUCCUGGUUCGUAUGCAUGGGCUCUGCCCAAAAAAAGUCCAAACACCAAGCUCUUCAUUAAAGGAUUCAUGGAGCUGCAUAGUGCCGGAUUGAUCGACCUAUGGGCGAAGAGGGAACUGAACAAGUACAAAGACGUUGAUAAGUGUCUCAAUGAGGCUCGGCAAAGACAACAUCGUAAAGUAUCGGGCAAUAGAACACAAAUCUCGUUGAAAACAUUGCUGGUGCCUUUUACGUAUUGAUCGUCGGUUACUUUAUUUCUUUUGUCUUUUUCGUCUUUGAAAAUUGUUAUCAUAGACUCUCAAUGUUUCAAAUGAAGAAGUCGAAACAUAAUGCUAAGCAGAAUAGGAACACCAAUCAAAAUACGACGGACAAAAAUGUUAACCGAGCAAUUUUCGAACACGGUCAAACAUUUGCGCAAUUGUUGAAUUUAGAAAAUGUUGACAAUGAAAACAUUAAAGAAAGCCCGUCGAGUUCAUCUAACGUUGUAAUACCGCAGGCAGAAUUACUGUGUGUUACAAAAAAACUGUUGACACCGGAUAUUUCGUUUGAAUGUGAGGAACUGAUGCUCUUAAAACCUUAAAUGAAACUCUGGCGUUUCUCACUGUGACAAAUCGAUUGAUUGACCAGGUUGUAUUGUUCCUUUCAUUCUUUUUUCACGGCUAUCCCCUUUAAAUCUCUCCUUCGUAAAUAGUAAUUGGUGAAUUAUGUAAGUACUGCAUGGUUUUUUGGUUAUGCUAUUCAGUGUUUCGUGUAGUGUUGCUUAUUCGCUUUUCUAUCCCAUUUACAGAAAUAUGUGAAGUACAAGUCAAUCACAAAUGAUGGAAAAGAUGAAUUAAGGCUUUCCUCACUACCCUGUCUCUGUUUUUACUAGUUUUCUACUGUUCUUUUUAGUUACUACUAGCUUUCAGAAUUUUGAAUAUUAGUUUAAACGUUAAAAAUAAAAUGUUUCAAACAUUGCA